AUGAGUUUUGUUUUCCGAGGGAGUAGGGGAGAUAUUGAAAGUGGUUUUUCAGAAUAUGUUCCUGAAAGAACCUUGAUGCGUGUGCAUCCAGCUCGGCCAGUUAAUGGCAAUUCUCUAGCUUUUCUUAUCACAGUUAUUUUGAUAUUCAUGAUAUUAAACUCCCCGCAGAUGUUACAUCAUUUUUUGCUCUGGGUUGUACUGGCUAUCUUCGUGAUGGCUACAAGUCUGAGGAUGUAUGCAACUUGUCAACAGCUUCAAGCACAGGCUAGGGCUCAUGCUGCAGCAGCCUCUGGGUUGCUUGGGCACACUGAACUCCGUCUUCACAUGCCACCAUCGAUUGCAAUUGCAACAAGAGGAAGAUUGCAGGGACUUAGACUUCAGCUUGCACUUCUUGACCGUGAAUUUGAUGAGCUAGUUGAAAAGGCCCUAAAAUGGGCGUUGAAAGCAGAUAAAGGCUUGUCUUACACUAUUUGUUAUGUUCUUGAUUUUGUAGCAGAUUAUGAUACUUUGAGAGCUCUGGACACUGAUGCUGCUCCUAGUACUCGUUCAAUGUCUGAGGAAGAGAUAAAUGCCUUGCCUAUUCACAUUUAUAAAGUUCCAGUCCCACCAAAGUGA